CCAUGCAGCAGUGGAGAUGAAAUUUAUGGCUGCUGCUCGAAAAAGGAUUCCUAAACUACUAAAACAUCUAGACAAGCAUCCAAAUGUGAAGUCCCACCACAACAAACUGAUGGGAUACAUCAUGGGAUACCUUGCCAUACUGACUGGGCACCGGUCUGUUGUGUUGACAAACAUGACAAAGGACAUGGUGUCUUCUGCAGAUAGCUGGAAAAAUGACACAAGAUUCCGGAUUUUGGUUGAUGAACACAAGACUGUCCGAAGCUUUGGACAAGCAGCAUUAUUCCUCAGUAAGGAUGAGUAUGGAUGGUUGGAGCGACUCAUCGAGACAUCCUGCUGCACUAUGGCCUCCAGGUGUGAGUUUGUGUUCCACACUGUCAAUGGCAACCAAAUCUUCAAACCUGUGAAUCUACUACAAGAGGCCUGGGUCGAUGCUGGCCUCAAAGGAACUGUGAACUUCACACAGAUCCGAUCCAGUGUGUCAACCCAAGUCAAUAAAACUCUCUCAACUGAGGAAAGACAGCAGGUGGCAAAGGCUAUGUGUCAUGAUACCAACACAGCUGAGCGGUUUUAUGUGUCCCUCCCUGAUAAAGUCAGUGGGUACAGCACUCGGAAGUUGAGAAUGAAGGCUCUCAAAAUGUCUGCACAACAUUCCACAAAUGAUGACAGCCCAGAUGAUGAGGAGGAGCUUCCCCAGGAAGAGUGUGAGUCAAACACCACAGAGGAGACAACUACAGAGGAUGAGGAAGAAUCCCAAACGACUUAUGAAGACUCAGAAAUGGGCAGUGCAUCAUCACCCUCUGAUGAUGAUGAAAACAUGAGAAAGGAAAAUGUUGAUGUUGAUAAUUCCAAAUGGAAUUUGGAAUUAUCUGAUAGUGAGCUUGAAAAUGAAUCCCAUACAGUAAAGAGAAAGUUAGAUUUAUCUCACAACUUACAAUCUACACUCCAUGUCAAAAAAACAGAAGUACCCACACACCAACCAAUCCAUGAGAGCACAGGAGAAUCUUCAACAGAUUCUCUUCCUGAAAAGCCCUAAUACCCACUUAUCCCCAUGUUCAGACCAGCAGGGUCCACCAGUCUGAUGCUGGCAAAAUCCUAGAAUAGCUGGAGGGAGAUGUCAGAGAGUUUAACCAAGGUUUUUAGUUCAAAUAGUUCAAAUGUUGUUGUUUUUUUCUGAUGGGCCUGUCAGUUUUGUUUUUAAUAAUACAGGUUUCAUGUUAUCUGCUUUUGCAAGAUGUUUGAGUACAAUGCUAUAUUUUCACGAUUUUUCCAUUAUACAUGCUUUAUUCUUUUAUUUUGUAACGCAAGCAGUAUAUGCUCAUUUCAUUUUGAUCUUUUUAGUACUCAUGUUUGCAAUUUUCUCUAGUG